AUGGCAAACCCACUGGUGUUCCAAAAAACGCAUUAUUUCUAUGCGAUCGGGAAUACGGUCGCAGUGUCCUUGUUGCGCGACGUGCCGCCAGAACAGCCAGUCAAACUGUUGUUGCUUGGAUGCGGCGACCCGCGAAAUGUGCUGUACAGCAUAUACUGCGAAGAAGAAGGAUUUUCACGAGGCUUGGACUUCACCUGUAGUGAUAUCGACCCCGCUAUCCUCGCCAGAAACAUUCUUCUGUACACAAUGCUAAUGGAUGGGGUCUCGCUUGAUACCGCGUGGAACAUUUUCUUCCAUUUCAAGAUCGACAAAAAUACCCUCGCACAGCUCAAGGCCCAAUGUCGAAAGCUCCUUCAACUUGCUUCCAGUAUUGGAGAAUGGGAGGCCUCUCCAUUCGGCCGCAUCAUAAAAAUCGGUACACAACACACUUUUGAAGAACUCCGACGUCAUUGGCAGCUCUAUAUCGACUUUCACGAUCUGCCGCCCCAGCGGAUAAACAAAAUCGUCGCUGGCCUCAAUACCAUUCCAGGCAAACGCGCCAAAAUAUUCAUACCACUUGGUCUCCGUUCAGUCGGCCCACUCGUCAGUCGCGAGGCCGAUGCCAUCUGCACGAAACAAGCCGAUGCAUACUGGCAGACUGGAACCACAUUCUCCAGCCAGAAAGAUAUUGCUCGAUGCACAUUGUUGAACCCUAUCUUCGCUUACUCCCUUGCAGGGGAAGGUGCCUUUCUUCAUUAUGGAACAGAUCCCGUCGCGCCAUUCCAUCUUGCGGAAUUGUUCAGUCGCAAAAUCCGCCCUUCUGUCGAUGACCUUGUCAGAACGGCCAAAGGCCAGUUUUCAAGCUGGUGUACGGUGUUUCAGGACGCCAUUCGGUCACCACGAGCGACGCUAGUAUUGAGAUUCGUCGCAAGCGAAGCUCUGGCGCUCUGUAGAACGCUGAACGAAACUGAACAUAAUGCUUCUCAGUUUCCGGUUUCUCCAUGGAGCUCGAGGGAUGUUCAACUUCUCCCUGAUGUGCCUACGACUUUCGAUAUCAUCGAUACCUCGAACUUGUCGGAUCAUCUGGGGAUCCUCAAUUUACUCGCGGUUACUGUCCCAUUGUUGUCCGCAACAACUGGGGUGCUUUAUACUGAAUCGCUUCUUUCGCGAGGAACCGACGCAGCCAAAGAACUUGUCAACCGACUCCACGGGGACAUGGACACGAUCUUUUUCCUCUUUGGCCUAUAUCCCAUUGACUACCUCUCUGGCUUCACCUCUCGCUGCAAUACUCAUGAAUGGAUCAUGCUGGACAAUAAGCAGUUCUCAUUUCACCAACCCACGACCUGGAGGAAACCUUCAUCGGGAGAUCAUCUCGUUUCGUCUUCGCCGAUGGUCAUAUGGGACAACCGGCAGCUCGCUACUCUGCUCUUUGCUGUUUACCACCGCAUGUUUGAAAGUGAAGAUGCACACAAAUGGUGGGGCAUGAACGCUGGACACAUAGACAGGGCAAUGGUUACUUCCAACGAGAUUCAUUACACGCGUGAGAGCUUCACGCUCAUCCUCCGAUUCGUCAAAGAUCGCUUCAACAUCUCAGAAACUGCGUGGAACGAGACUAUGGAAAAUUUUAUCCGGAUCAAAGAAACUACACCAUCGCUCUUGAUGGACCCGGCGAACUAUCAGGAUUUCGCUGCUCAACUGCGCCUUCAAGGAGUUCACACGGUACACUUUUUCCGGCAAACAGAGCGCAUCGGGCCUUUCGCGGACUGGGAUGAUGUACCACCCGUCGUUCGUGUCUUUCUAGUCGGGCUACACUAA